AUGUCUUAUCCUGAGGAAUAUGGUGUUAUUCCGGAAACAUUAGCGCCUGAUGGGGACGAAUUAGACGUUGUUUGUUUAACUAUUCAGCCUACUUUUUCUAGUCUUUAUGUUCCCGUGCGAAUUAUUGGAGUUUUAAGAAUGACUGACAAAGGAGAACAAGAUGAUAAGUUAUUAGCGGUUAACGCUGGUGAGCCUCGCUUAAAUUAUAUUCAGGAAUUAAAAGAUGUUCCUCUUGAAAAAAAAAAGGAAAUUAAACAUUUUUUCUCUCGUUAUAAGGAUUUAGAAAAUAAAAAGGUAGAAAUAGGAGAAUUUGAGGGUAAAGAGCAAGCCGAAAAAUUAUUAAAAGAAUGUCAAAAAGCCUAUCAAAACGAAAAAAAUAGUUAG